GGUCCUGGGUGCCCCAGCCCUGCCCGGAAGUGGGCAGGCGGAAGUCCUGGGGUCGAUUCCCAGAACCGGGGCAGGGCCAGGGCCGGACAAACAGGGCAAAGGUGAGGAGCCAGCUCAGAGCUGCACGGCAACUGGACGGCUCGCCAUGAGGUGGACAGCAGUGCCCAUGGCGUCUCCCCGAGGGCUGCUUAUCCUCCUGGGACUGCUGUGGGGCUCGGUGGCUGCCACCUCGGGCCUCAGGUGGCCUGAGCCUGUGUUCGGGCGUCUGGCGUCCCCCGGCUUCCCGGGAGAGUACCCCAACCUUCAGGAGCAGCGCUGGGCCCUGGCCGCGCCCCCAGGCUACCGCCUGCGACUCUACUUCACCCACUUCGACCUGGAGCUGUCCUACCUGUGCGAAUACGACUUUGUCAAGCUGAGCUCGGGGACCAAGGUGCUGGCCACGCUGUGUGGCUGGGAGAGCACAGACACCGAGCGGGUGCCCAGCAACGACACCUUCUACUCGCCAGGCCCCAGCCUGGACGUCACCUUCCGCUCCGACUACUCCAACGAGAAGCCGUUCACGGGCUUUGAGGCCUUCUACGCCGCCGAGGACAUCAACGAGUGCGAAGUGUCCCCGGGGGAGACACCACCCUGCGAUCACCACUGUCACAACUACCUGGGUAGCUUCUACUGCUCCUGCCGGGUGGGCUACGUCCUGCACGAGAACAAGCGCACCUGCUCAGCCCUGUGCUCGGACCAGGUCUUCACCGCGCGGUCUGGGGAGCUCAGCAGCCCUGAAUACCCGCGGCCGUACCCUAAACUCUCCAGCUGCACUUACCACAUCCGCCUAGAGGAGGGGUUCAGUGUCAUCCUGGACUUCGUGGGGCCCUUCGAUGUAGAAUCGCAUCCUGAAAGCCAGUGUCCCUAUGACUCCCUCCAGAUCCACACAGGCAAAGGGAAGUACGGCCCACUGUGUGGGGAGACGUCGCCCCACAGGAUCGAAACAAAGAGCAACACUGUGACCAUCACUUUUGUCACCGAUGACUCAGGGGACCACACAGGCUGGAAGAUGCACUACACAAGCACAGCGCAGCCGUGCCCCAAUCCGAUGGCACCACCUAAUGGCCGCAUUUCACCCAUGCAAGACAAGUACAUCCUCCGUGACAGCUUCUCCAUCUUCUGCGAUGUUGGCCACGAGCUUCUGCACUUGUUGACUGCGGCCCUCCUGAUGAUGUACCCAACGGCCAAGUGGAAUACAUCACAGGCCCUGACAUGACCACCUACAAAGCUGUGAUUCAGUACAGCUGUAGAGACACCUUCUACACCAUGAAAAGCAAUGACGGUAAAUAUGUAUGUGAGGCUGAUGGAUUCUGGACGAGCUCCAAAGGAGAAAACUCACUCCCCGUCUGUGAACCUGCCUGUGGACUAUCAACACGUACUACACAUGGUCGUAUAUACGGAGGGCAAAAUGCAAAGCUUGGCGAGUUUCCGUGGCAAGUCCUGUUACUAGGUCAAACUAUAGGAGCAGGUGCACUUUUACAUGACAACUGGAUUCUAACAGCCGCUCACGCCGUCUACAGGGAAAAAGACCAUGCACCCUCCCUGGACAUCCGAAUGGGGGCCCUGCAGAGACUAUCCCCUCAUUACACACAGGCCUGGGCCGAGGCUGUUUUUAUCCAUGAAGGUUACACUCAUGGCGCUGGUUUCGACAAUGACAUAGCACUGAUUAAAUUGAAGAACAAAGUUGUAAUCAAUAGUAACAUCAUGCCAAUUUGUCUGCCAAGGAAAGCAGCAGAAUCCUUGAUGAGGACAAAUGACAUUGGAACUGCAUCAGGGUGGGGAUUAACCCAAAGGGGUUUUCUUGCUAGAAAUCUAAUGUUUGUGGACCUACCUAUUGUGGACCAUCAAAAAUGUACUGCUGUGUAUGAAAAGCAGCACUAUCCAGGGGGAAGGGUAACGGCUAACAUGCUUUGUGCUGGUUUAGAAGCUGGGGGCAAGGACAGCUGUCGAGGUGACAGUGGAGGGGCACUAGUGUUUCUGGACAACGAGACACAGAGAUGGUUUGUGGGAGGAAUUGUGUCCUGGGGCUCCAUUAAAUGUGGGGCCGCAGAUCAGUAUGGGGUAUACACCAAAGUCAUUAACUACAUUCCCUGGAUCGAGAACAUAAUUAAUAAUUUUUAAUUUGCAUGUCUUCAAUCAGUAAAUGAUGCCUGAUUUUUAAAAGUACCUGUAAAAGACUAGUGGCAGUGCAACCCAAGAAGUACAGCUGUCACCGACCCCCCCCCCCAUCCAAAUAAAGGUGAGACUGUUGCAGGGCCCAGUCUACUGCUGCUAUAAAGCCACCCUUACUUAUUUAGGGGACACAAAUAUUACAGUGAUACUCAAGUUUUGCCAACUCAAUAUAAAUUCACUCACUAAGCUGCAUUUAAUUACUCACAAAGCCCAGCACCUUUUCAAAAUGAUUGGUCAUAUUUCUGCACAUUACACACCCAUAUUCUAUUUUUUGCUCUUUACUGAUCUCUAAGAGUGCUUUACAUAUUUUUGCAGUACUGAGUUCAGGAUUAACUUUGAAAAUUCAUUCUGAGGUAGUGGGAUUGCAAACACCAAUACUUUAGCUCUGGAAUGAACAGAUUUCCACAUUAAAAACCAAUGCCACAGUAUCCGGGCAAGCUGGCAUAAACCUGUAAUCCUAGCACUGAGGGAAGAUGAGGCAAGAGGGUUCCAAGUUUGAGUCCCACUUGGGCAAUUUAGCGAGACCCUGUCUCAAACAAAAGGUGGUUAGCCCAAGGACGCACCUCAGUGGUAGCAUGCUCCCGGGUUCAAUCCCUAGUACUGCUAAAAAAUAAAAAUAAAGUAAAAGCAAGCUAUUUUUCAUUUGUCAAAAGGGCAGACAAAAGGAACACAGACUUUAUCAAAGACAAUAUAAACUUACUAAAGGACAAUUUGGUAACAAAAACCUUAAAAAGCACCCAUAAUCUUUGAUCUAGUAAUUCCCAUGCUAAGAAUUUAACUUAGCUGGCCGGGGCUUUAGCUCAGUGGUUUCGCCACCUGCUGCGCAAGCGCAAGGACCCGAGUUCAAUCCCCGGUACCAAAAAAAAAAAGAAUUUAACUUAGCUGUAAAGAUGUUCCUGGCAAUGGGAAAUAGCCUAAAAAUAACGUUGUUUUAGACUGAACGAAAUCUGGUAUUUCCACAAGAUACAAUAAAAGCAAGUGGUGAUAUUAGAAA